GCCCAUGCAUGGAUGUAUAGUUAAGACAUUUCGGUAAAAACAUUUUAAAGCGAGACGCAUGUUUUAGGAAAGUACUCAAAGUAGCCCACGACAUGCAUUUCACGCUGAUCGUCACCGCCUUGCUGGGCUCAGUAGGAUCCCUGGACGCCGUUCACGGGAUAUACGCUUUCGGUCAAUCUGAUCUGUUUCAUAAGAGGAGCAACUGCAAAGCGAUCCCGGCCUCUCUGCUGCUCUGUCACGACAUCGAGUACACCGACAUGCGGCUUCCCAACCUGCUCGGCCACGAAACCAUGAAGGAGGUCCUGCAGCAGGCUUCGUCCUGGAUCCCCCUGGUCCAAAAGCAGUGCCACCCGGACACCAGAAAGUUCCUGUGCUCUCUCUUUGCCCCGGUGUGCCUUGAUGACCUGGAUGAGUCUAUCCAGCCAUGCAGGUCCCUCUGCGAGGGGGUUCGGCAGGGAUGCGCGCCCGUCAUGUCUGCUUUCGGGUUCCCAUGGCCAGACAUGCUGGACUGCAACCGCUUUCCGCCAGAUAACGAUCUGUGCAUCCCCCCUGCCAGUACCGACAACUUCGCACCUGUCACCAAAGAAGUUCCAAAAGUUUGUGACGCUUGCCAAGAAAAAGAGGAGAAUGACAAUGAGAUCGUUGACAGCCUCUGCAAGAACGACUUUGCAUUGAAAAUCAAGGUGAAGGAGAUCUCCUACAUGAACGGGGACACCAAGAUUAUCCCAGAGAGCAGGAGCAGGACCAUCUACAAGCUGACGGGUGUGACGGAGCGGGACAUGAGGAGGACCGCCUUGUGGCUGAGGGACGGCCUGUACUGCACCUGCGAUGAGAUGAACGACAUCAACGCCGCGUACCUGGUGAUGGGCCAGAAGAUGGACGGGCACCUAGUCAUCACCUCGCUGAAGAGGUGGCAGCGUGGCCAGAGGGAGUUCAAGAGGAUCUCGCGCAGCAUCCGCAAGCUGCAGUGCUGAUUGCGCACGCGAUGUCCGUCAGCAACGCCGUCACCCGCCAAGCGGGGGCGCCCGAGUGCCGUGUUCCGACGGACACAAAUGGAUGUAAAGAGCUUCAUUUCUGACUG